AAGAACCCGGCCCACACCUUUCAGUCACCUCCCCCCUCUUCCUCAACGGUCCUCCUCUCCGGUGGUCCUUUGGUUACGGAGUCAGCAUCACUCGCUCUCCAGACUACAGCACAGGAGUACACACACCGACAGAGGAACAUGUUGCUGCACAAACUGUUUGUUUGGAUCCUGUCACUCCUGUGUGGCUCCGAUGUGUGUUCGGGGUUCGUGUACGACCGGCCCAGACGCUCCGGAGAGGACGGGACUUCAGCCAGGACGGACUCUCGCUCUGCGUCUCCGUACGUGGCGACCUCCGGCUCCUGCAGGAACAGGUGUUUUGAGCUGGCGGAGUCGGAGCCACCAAACUGUCGCUGUGACAACCUGUGUAAGACCUACAACAGCUGCUGCUCCGACUUUGACCAGCUCUGCCUUCGGACAGAGGGGGGUUAUGAGUGCAGUAAAGACCGGUGUGGAGAGACUCGAAAUGAACAGCAUGCCUGCCACUGCUCUGAUGACUGUCUGGCCAGAGGAGACUGUUGCACCAACUACAAGACACUGUGUAAAGGAGACACUUCAUGGCUGCAGGAUGACUGCGAGGAGAUCAGAACUGCUGAAUGUCCCGCUGGGUUUGUGCGCCCACCACUCAUCAUGCUAUCAGUGGAUGGAUUUAGAGCUUCUUAUGUGAAGAGAGGAAGCACUGUCAUACCCAACAUCGAGAAACUGAGAACAUGUGGAACCCAUGCUCCAUACAUGAGGCCUGUUUACCCCACGAAGACCUUCCCCAACCUCUACUCACUGGCUACGGGUCUCUACCCAGAGUCUCAUGGGAUCGUUGGAAACUCCAUGUAUGACCCGGUGUUCGAUGCCACCUUCACUUUGAGAAGCCGAGAGAAACUCAGCCAUCGCUGGUGGGGAGGACAGCCGAUCUGGAUCACAGCACAAAAACAGGGAGUGAAGGCUGCAACCUUCUUCUGGCCCGUUGUUAUCCCGUUGGAGAGGCGGAUACUGGCCAUGCUGCAGUGGCUGCAUCUCCCUGAAGGAGAGAGGCCUUAUGUUUACGCCAUGCACUCUGAACAACCAGACACGUACGGACACAAAAUGGGGCCCUUGAGUGCGGAACUCAACAACCCUCUGAGGGUGAUUGACAGAAUUGUUGGCCAGCUGAUGGACGGACUCAAACAGAUGAAACUGCACCGCUGUGUUAACAUCAUCCUGGUGGGGGAUCACGGUAUGGAAGAGGCCCACUGCGACCGCACAGAGUUCCUCAGUAACUACAUGUCCAACGUUGAUGACAUCAUCCUCACCCCUGGAUCUCUGGGCCGAAUACGCCCGAGAAACCCCAACAACACAAAAUAUGAUCCCAAGGCUGUUGUUGAAAACCUGACAUGUAAGAAAGCAGAGCAGCACUUUAAGCCGUACCUGAAGCAGCACCUGCCGAAGAGACUGCACUACGCCAACAACCGGCGUAUUGAAGACAUUCACCUGCUGGUGGACAGGAAGUGGCACGUUGCAAGGAGAGUCCCUGAAGGGAGGAGGCACUGUGGCUUCGCCGGUGACCAUGGAUACGACAAUAAGAUCAACAGCAUGCAGACUAUUUUCUUAGGCUAUGGACCUACUUUUAAAUUCAGGACUAAAGUUCCAGCCUUUGAAAACAUCGAGCUUUACAACGUUAUGUGCGAUCUCCUCGGUCUGAAACCGGCUCCCAACAACGGGACUCAUGGCAGUCUGAACCACCUGCUGAGAGGCCCCCUCUACAGACCCGCCAUGCCAGAGGAGGUUUCCAGGCCAGCGGCCUCUGGCCUCGUUCCUGCGGGGAUGGACGACCUGGGCUGCAGUUGUGAAGACAAGUUGCGUGUAAAAAGUAGGGGCCAGAGAGGUUUGAAAGUGACCCUUGUACGAGGCUAUAACCUGGAGUCACUCUGGCUCUGUCUCUUACAGAACAAAGUGGAGGAGCUAAACCAGCGACUGAGGCAAGCUAUGGAUGACAGCAGGAACCUGCCACACGGUCGACCUGCUGUGCUCUUCCGUACAAAAUACUCCAUCCUCCACCACAGUGACUUCAUCAGCGGCUACAGCGAGAUUCUCUCCAUGCCUCUCUGGACGUCGUACACCGUCAGCAGACAGGUGGACAUGUCCCCUCUGCCUGAAGCUCUGUCUAACUGUGUGAGACCUGAUACCAGAGUCCCCCCGGCCUACAGUCAGUCCUGCACCAACUACAGAGCAGACAAGCAGAUCACCUACGCCUUCUUCUACCCGCCACAAAUGUCAUCAACCAUGGACAAAAAAUACGAUGCUGUCCUCAUCACUAACACGGUCCCCAUGUAUCCUGCAUUCAAGAGAAUAUGGGGAUAUUUCCAGAGAGUGCUGGUGAAGAAGUAUGCCACUGAGAGAAACGGGGUGAACGUGCUCAUUGGACCCAUAUUCGACUACGACUACGACGGUGUCAGAGACUCAGCCGAGAAGAUAAGAGAGUACGUGAGUGGGACGAUACCGAUCCCGACUCACUACUUCGUGGUCCUGACCAGCUGCCUGGACUUCACACAGGCUGCAGACUCGUGCAGCGGUCCGCUCAGCAGUGCCGCCUUCAUCCUGCCUCACCGACACAGCAACGACGAGACCUGCAAUAGCUCAGAGGAGGAGUCUCGCUGGGUGGAGGACCUGAUGAAGAUGCACACCGCCCGGGUCAGAGACGUGGAGAUCCUGACAGGCUUGGACCUGUAUCGCAGAACCACCCGGAGCUACGCCGAAAUCCUCUCUCUGAAGACGUACAUGCACACCUACGAGAGUGAGAUCUGACCCGGCGCCGGCUCCGUGACUGUGACUGAUCCUUUUUCAUCCGUGGUGGAUGUAUGUGGUAUAAGAAAAAGAGAUGCGAUCAUCUCUGUUACACUGACCUGCAGCAGCUUUAGCUCUCGCUGGAUGCUACGUAGCGUCCACAUUGUGGUUCCUCCACUGAGCGUUUGGUUUCAUCUCAUUCAUUCUUAAAGAUAACACUUUUACACCACUGAGCUACUAGCUUUGGAACUUUUUUUACUUUAUUGUACAAAGACAAUAAAACUUUACCGACAUGUACAGUGCUCACAGCGGACACAAAGAGCAUUAUAUAAAGAAUCAAGACAAAGAACCAGACCAGUAACCCUUUCAUCUGCCGUCAGAUUUUUCCAUUACGAGGCUUUGUUAAAACAAAAAAUCAUCACACAAGAUCCAUAACCUAAAACUAAAAGUAAUUUAGCUGCGCAAAUUUCUGCUGAGCGGGAUCUUUUGAGGUUCCAAUGGUAACCCUAGAUCUCUCUCGCACAAGCACAUUCGCUCUCUCGAUGUGAUUUUGACAUUUUAUUUCAAGCUUUUCUUUUGUUUCAAUUGUUGCACCCCCCUGUGGACAAAGUGGUACCUCUUGUAUAUUUUUGCUGAUUUUUUCCCGACACGUGUUGAUAAUGUUUUUUGACCCCAAAAAAAUAAAAUCAUACUUUUUUUUUUUUUUUUACAAGUCAAAUAUAUCGCUUAUCCAGAAGCUUUGCUGUGAAAAUAUGUUUUAAAAAGUGUUGUUUUGUUCAGAAGCCCCAAGCAAACAUGCACCCAUAUAUACUAUUUACUCCAUUGUCCCGUUAUGUCCGGUUGUUUUCUUGAGAUCUUGACUGAUUUAUCUCAUAUUCUCAGAGUUGCAAAAGCCCAAAACAAACAUAGAAACAGACCCGGCCUACAUUAGCGCUGUAGUGUGUAUGUCCUUUUCAGGCUUCCAUACUGACACCUACACCACAGCGUAGGUUUCAGACAUUUAUAUGAUCUGUUUGGAAAUAAUCAGUCUUCUUUCUGAACAGCUAUAAGCUCCCCUCAGGAGAAGCCCAAACCAUGAUCUUGUCCUGAUCCUAAACAAACAUUUUAAAGUUAAGGUACCAGGACUACUAAGGCAAAGGUUGUAUUAGAUCAUUGUGUUGGUUUCAUCCACAUCAUCUAGUAACUUUUUAUACUGCAAUACAAAAUGACAAACAAUUAGACAACGAGGUAAUAAAACGGAUGUUAAUAAGAAUUGGACAAAAAACAAUUUGCGGCCCGUAUGAAGGUCGAGAGCCCACAGAGCAGGGGCCCUGUCUGCACACAUUGAAAAGUGUUAAACAUUCAUCUCACUCCUUUAAAAUGUAAUAUCUCAACUGCUCGCAGUGUUACACUUGUGUCUUCAUAAAAUGAAUUAACCCUUGAUAAUCCAGAACAGUUAUUGAGUUGUUACUCUUUUGUACAGCGGAUAAAAGAGCUAAAUCUUUUUUUUUUUUUUUAAGUGUAGUUUAAAGAUUCAACAGUCUUCAAUCACACUCCUGAAUCUGUCUUUGAAGGCAGCAUUCUUUACUAGUGAAAUCCGAUCCAACAUGGCCGACUCUUUUGACCUUAGUUUUCCCAUAAAACCACGUCUCCUUUGAAAAGUUCUCACUAUGUUCAGUGACGGGGAAGAAAUGUCCUUUAUUUUUAUGUCAAUGAAAUGAUAAUGCAAUGUUGUUGAUUGUGUUUGUACGGAGUGUGUGUUGGAUUCACGGUGUGUUCUGUGUGUGUGUGUGUGUGUGUGUGUGUGUGUUUGUGAUGUUGACUUUUUGUUCGGUGCACAAUAACAAUAAUGUCAAAGACUUUUUAUUAAUGUUUUCCCUAAAAACAUGUACCACCUGUGAGACUGUCCUAUUUAUGCUUUCAUCACAAUAAACAAGUAUUUUUACUAAAUGA